CAUCUUUCUGCGUCUGUAAGCUGAGAAGGAGACUUGCAGCUUCCUAGUACUAUUGCCACCAACAUGGCCACGCCCAUAACAACUGUGUCCGAGAGCCGGGAGGUUCGAGGCCUCAAUCUCGUCGCUGCGCAUUCUCACAUUCGUGGUCUUGGAGUCGAUCUAGCGACCCUAGAGCCCCGGGGAACGUCACAAGGUCUGAUCGGCCAAGAGAAGGCACGAAAGGCUGCUGCCGUUAUACUACAAAUGGUCAAGGAGGGAAAGAUUGCGGGAAGAGCGGUUCUGGUUGCAGGGCCUCCAAGCACAGGAAAGACUGCGAUCGCCAUGGCUAUGGCGCAGUCCCUCGGCCCUGAUGUGCCAUUCACAAUGCUCGCAUCAUCCGAGAUAUUCUCCCUAGAAAUGUCGAAAACCGAAGCCCUGACACAAGCAUUCCGAAAGUCCAUUGGUGUGAGAAUUAAGGAAGAAAGCGAGAUCAUUGAGGGAGAGGUGGUCGAAAUUCAGAUAGACAGGAGUGUCUCAGGCGGCAAUAAACAAGGCAAGCUUACAAUCAAGACUACCGACAUGGAGACAGUCUAUGAUAUGGGUACCAAGAUGAUCAGCUCGAUGACCAAGGAAAGAGUUAUGGCUGGAGAUGUCAUAUCGAUCGACAAGUCGUCUGGAAAGAUCACGAAACUCGGCAGAUCGUAUACACGAUCCAGAGAUUACGACGCCAUGGGCGCAGACACGAAAUUUGUCCAAUGCCCCGAAGGCGAACUUCAGGUCCGUAAAGAAGUCGUCCACACAGUCAGCCUCCAUGAGAUCGAUGUCAUCAACUCGCGAACGCAAGGAUUCUUGGCGCUGUUUUCCGGUGACACAGGAGAGAUUCGAAGUGAGGUCAGAGAUCAAAUCAACACCAAAGUGGGAGAGUGGAAAGAAGAAGGCAAAGCAGAAAUCAUCCCUGGGGUUCUCUUCAUUGACGAAGUGCAUAUGCUGGAUAUUGAAUGCUAUUCAUACAUCAACCGUGCCCUGGAAGAGGACCUUGCACCCAUCGUUAUCAUGGCAAGUAACAGAGGAAACACCAGGAUACGAGGAACGAAUUACAGCUCACCUCACGGACUGCCCUUGGACUUCCUGGAUCGAGUAGUCAUCAUAAGCACACAACCUUAUGCGCCAGAGGAAAUCUCUCAGAUCCUAGCCAUCCGGGCUCAGGAGGAGGAAGUUGACCUGUCGGCAGAUGCGCUGGCCCUGCUCGCCAAGAUCGGACAGGAGUCAGGCUUGAGAUAUGCAAGCAAUAUUAUCACCACGUCAGCAUUGCUUAGCCAGAAGCGCAAGGCGAAAGAGGUCAGCAUCGAUGAUGUACAGCGAAGCUACAAGCUAUUCUACGACCCCACAAGGUCAAUGAAGCUUGUCAGUGAUUUCGAAAAGCAGUUCAUUGGUGAGACUGGACAGGUCAGCUUUAGCGUCAACGGCGGCAAUGGAGCAAAUGGAGAUGCCAUGGACACUGCUUAGAGCAUUCAGCCACCGCACUGCUUUGUAAAGCAGGAGAUUCCAGUGGGCGAUACUCUCCAAUACGCUAAAUUGUUCCAAUAUGGAACAAAACGAGUACGUGGGACCAUGCUCAUGCUAUCAUAAUCCAAGCAAGACAUCUAGAUAUCAAGGGAUCCAAAAAAAAAGGCCGGCUGUCACCAGUGUGAGCCGCGCCGCCAAAUCAAACGUGCUGGACAAACCAGUCUCUGACAAUCUAUCAAAAACUGAAACCGAACCGGGUGCUUGAAAAAGAGACUUUGCCUUGCCCUUGGAGAUCCCAAGGCAAUGGACAGCGGACCGGUGUUACCAUUAUUGCAAUUGAUGUACAAUAGCAAGGGGGCAGGGAUCCAGGCUAUUAUGGACGGCAAUGGGAUCAAUGACAGGCCCCAUUAUGACUUAAUUUGAAAUGUUUGGACGUUCAAGAGAACACAUUUUUUGAAAAUCAAUUGCAAUGGAUCGCAUCUGGUGUAGUCUUAG